GAAGACGAAGCAGCUGUUUGUAGAUGUGUCUUUAUUUUCGUUACAUAAAUGCCAAAUAUAUAGAAAUCUUACCACACUGAGAACCUCGAGGUUGUGAGUUUCGCCGAGGUUCUUAAUGGUUUCUGCGUUUAACAGAAUGACGCCGGCUCCAGGUGGCGCUCCGCUUGCGUCCAUCGUCGUUCUGCCGAAGCACGCCGCGCUUCCCACCAUGUUGACAGACAGCUGCCUGUCGUUCGAAUUCACCGUUCUCACGUACUGCCUGCUGGCUGUCGGUCUGCAGUACAUCAACCUGUACAAGACAGUGUGGUGGCUGCCUCACUCCCACACUCGGCAAGCUCUGAAUUUUUAUCUUGUAGACACCAAUCUUCUGGCACUAAUCGUGGUUGUUCUCACGAAAAACCUAGUCUGGUGCUUCCUGAUGCAGGCGCCAGUGAGCAAGAGGUAUACAGUGAAGUACUGGCUGCUGCAGCUGCUGAAGCUGAUGGUGUUGCUAGUGUGGGGGAGUGCGACCGGUUACUUCGUCUACCAAGUGUCCAUGCGAUACAGCUUCGUUCACAUUCUCUAUCUCGGCUACCCGGCAAUGAUCUAUGUCAUGCUGUUCAAGGCAGAUGGGAUGGUAUACUUUGGCUUGUCCAGUGCUCCAAAGAUAUAUCAAGGGAAGACGGGACACCCUCAGCACUGCUGCUCGCUCUCGCCUGAGAGCAUUCGCGACGAGGUCGAUCAACUCAAGUCGCACUUCAACCGCUGCAUGAAGGAGAUCCUCUUCAACUCGCUCUACUGCGCUUACUACUGCGGCUUCAUACCCUGCUGCUUCACACAGAACACGCUCUACUACGACGUCUGGUGGGUGCUGCAGCAUACGACUGUGCUGUGGGUGAGCCUGGUGGUGAUCUACGCACAAUACUACAUGUCUCCGUACUACUGCGACACACUGCACCGCGCCGCACUGCACCUAGGUCGCUGGCUGAAGGUCGAGGGCAGGAACGCGCACGUUCCUUACAACGUCUGGUCGGAGCUGCAGACGUGGCCACAGAACGCUCUAGUCAAACACAUCAAGGGGCUGUUUAAGGCGGAAGCUCUCUGCAACGCCGCAGAGCCUGGCAACUCCUCGCACACCCGCUUCUAUUUUCUGUAUCACGAGCCGCCGCCAUUCUGCGUCACUCCCGCGACGGAGGAACAACCGAGCGCGUCCGUCAUCUUCCUUCACGGCAUCUUCCAGACGGGCGAGAAGACGGCGCGGGCGAUCGAGCGCGCGCUCGGCGAACCCCUGCGGUUCCGGCGUGCACGCGUCGUCUACCCGACCGCGCCCGUGGGGGUGUACACGGCGAGCGGGGGGAAGCGCUGCACGCUGUGGUAUGAUCGAUACGGCCGCGACAUCGACGCGUCAGAGAUGACGGCGUCCGUAGACGCGCAGCUCUCGCGGCUCGCGCGGAUCGUCGACGACGAGGCGUCGGCGGGCCGCCGAGUCGUCGUCGCCGGGUUCUCCCAGGGCGGCGCGAUGGCGGUGCACGUCGCGUACAGACGCUGCCGAGACGCCGUCGCCGGCGUCGUCGCGCUGUCGCCGUUCCUCAACCGCGACUCGGCGGUCUACGCGGCACUAGAGGGCGCCGCGGGGCCGCGUCCGCCGCUGCUCGUCUGCCACGGUGCCGCGGAUCGGCUGAUCCGAUGCGAGUGGGGUGAGGAGAUGCACGCGACUCUCAGCCGGCUUGGCGUCGCGAGCGAGUUUCGAUCGUUCCCGGACAUGGGGCAUGAGAUGAGCAAGGGAGAGCUGUGCAUUGUCAGGCAGUGGAUCGCGGACAGGCUAGGGGAGGAGCUUCCUUCGUCCUAGAAGUGCAAUUUAGAUACAUGUAUGAGCGACGAGGAAUUGCGCGAGGCUGUGGGUCGCAAUUGUAAUUUAGAAGUGAAUGCAAUCUGAUUGACAUCAGAUUAAAAAUCCGGUGCUAGUCUGUGAA